GCGUAAAAUCCAGGACUGCAAACGUUGGCGACAAACGGUUGGCUGAACGUACUCCCCAGCUAGGUGACCUCAACAUCCGAAACACAUCAGCCGAUUACGGUCUCUCGUUUAGUCGACGGGUUUCCAGUUGAGUGGGAUACAGCUUCGAGUUCGACAAAUAAUCAACUCAUAAAGGUCACCUGGAUCACCUAGCAAAUUAAAUGUCGGCCAGUCAGAACUCUGAUACAGUGACAUCACCACUAAUUUUAGCAGUGCCACCUGGGGAGAGUUAUUACAGCUAUGUCUCGCAACAACUGGAGAAGAUUCCAGGGGCAAACGUCAGACUGCUCAGGAUUAAAUCAAUGUAUGAUGACCCAAGUGACGAGGAACUGGGAGAUUUGUCCCAAGUUGAGGUGUAUUUCGGAUCUGUGAUGUUCUUCUCCAAAAUAGUUCACCGCUGCGUAAAUCUGCGAUGGGCGCAGUCAAUGGCUGCAGGAAGUGAUGCUCUGUGGAAGGUACUGAAAAACAAGCAGCUCAAACCGUGGUUUACCUUCACUAGGAAUGCAGUCUCGUUCCCUCAGCCUGUGGCAGAGUAUGUUAUCGGACAAAUUAUUGCAGUUCGCCGAGGGUUUUAUGUUUUACGAGAUCAACAAAUACAAGCUGUAUGGAACAAAACUGAUACAUUGAUAUGCAACCAACCUCUAGUUGGCACGGUUGUGAGUAUUCUUGGUCUGGGUGCUAUUGGCACAGAAGUGGCUCGCCUGUGUAAAGUGUUUGGUAUGGAGGUGUGGGGGGUCACCAGGACGCUGGUGCCUCAAGACAAGAAGAAGACAUUUGUUGAUCAUUACAGGUUAAUGAAAGACAUAGAUGAGGUUCUGGAAAAUGCCGAUUUUAUUGUGGGUGUUCUACCGUCAACGGACGAAACGCGAGGAAUACUUAGUGAUCGGCGCUUUUCAGUGUGUAGGAAGAAACCUGCCUUUGUAAACGUUGGCCGGAGUGAUGUAACCGAUGAAGACAGCAUUCUCGAAGCUCUAAGGAAGGGCUGGAUCUCAUGGGCGGUUCUCGAUGUGUUUGACGAAGAGCCUCUUCCAGCUUCAAGUCCUCUGUGGCACGAGCCGCACAUCGUGGUCACGCCCCACAUGUCGCCAGCUAUCACCUACAGAGAUCACCCUGUGAAGAUGUGUGACUUGUUUAAGGAUAACUACAAACGAUACAUAAACCAUGAACCGUUGCUUCACGUUGUCGAUCCUCAGAAGGGAUACUGACGUACCAAUGUACCAUGAAUCGUUGCUUCACGUUGUCGAUCCUCAGAAGGGAUACUGACGUACCAAUGUACCAUGAAUCGUUGCUUCACAUUGUCGAUCCUCAGAAGGGAUACUGACAUACAAGCCUAGUGCAAGACUAAUAACCAGUCUUCAGUCAAGAUACAUGUAUUCUAGAUUUUUAACCAAAGAAAUUUCUUUUUUGGAAGCUAUAUGUUAUACAUCAUUUUAUUACCCAAGCAAACACACAUAACGGAGAACAAAAAAAUCAUUUGUUUAACGUACCGUACACUACUAUUGGAUGAUUUGAUGCCAACAAACCAAUCACCUUGUUGGUACUAAAUAUAACGUCAUCAUGAUUUGGCAAAGCACACACAAUGAUGUC